UGUGCCCCUUGCGCGGAAUCGGCUUGCGGCGAACCCGGAUGCUCAGCUCCAUGCCCUUGCGCACCCUGCGGCACCCACAGUUACGCACCCUGCGGCACCUACCCACAGGGCAGUUGCGCACCCUGCGGCACCCAAAGUUGCGUACCUUGCAGCACCCGCAGUUGCGGCAGUUGCGUACCCUGCGGCACCCACAGUUACGCACCCUGCGGCACCCACAGUUGCGUACCCUGCGGUACCCACAGUUACGCACCCUGC